AUGAUUUCAAUGAAUAUUAAUGAAAUUAGAGCCAGCUUCACAGCAAUCAAAGCAACCAUUCAAGCCAAAGACGCCGUCCGAACCAUAAGCAUUUUGUCAUACCCAUACUCUCUGCACAAUUUCACUCCUGCAGAUAGAUGUUGUGUCAUCCAUCACCUGUUAAGAUUCUACGUGGACAAGGUCUUCAAACACUGUGAGACUGAGGAUUCUCAUGUCAACCGGAAAAUCAGCAGCAUAGCCAAUUCCUUCCUCAGCAUCAAGAAGAAAUUCAGACAAUGUAAUGAACAAAAUGUGUGUGAAUGUGGAGAGGAAGCAAUAGAGAAAUAUAAACAAAUUCUCACCAAUUAUGGACAGCUGAACACUGCUUCUGCAGCAAUGAAAUCCCUUGGGGAGCUGGAUAUCCUGCUAGACUGGAUGGAGAAGGCUCAUUAG